GUAAGUGUCCUCAUCGGCGAUCGUAGAAUUAGAGACCCCCAGGGCCCAAGAAGUGUUCCUUUCUUCCAGAAUUACUUCGACAUCUACCCCGAUUACAUUGGCAACUAUCGCCGGUUAUUUGACACUUACGGAGGUGUGAUCAAAGUUCACAACAUUAGACGAACUUAUUACUUAACCAACAAUCCCGAAGUAGCUAAAUUGGCCUUUCGAGCUAGUGAAUAUUUCACCAACGCACCAACAUCUCCAAGCCAUCCCUUGGACCGAAUACAAGAUCCCACGGCACUAUUCCUCUGCGACACAGAAUCCCCCGCUUGGAAAGAAGCCCAUAAGUUUCUUCCUCCAAGCAUGUCGCCGAAGGCAAUGAAACACCACCUGCCCAACAUAAUAGAUGCCGGAUCUUCUUCCUUCAAAGUCCUUGAUCAAACUGAGAAUCUCGGUCACGCCUUCAAUGUCUUCAAAUAUACAAGUAGACUAGCUGCGCAGGUU